AUGUCCUCAUUCGUCUUUCGAGCUAUACGUGAUGCAUUGCCUCAUGAUCAAAUAUCGCAGGAGAAAAUUGUUGGAGCUACUUUAGUCGCGCUGGCUAUUGCGGAUAUCACCCACGUUUUGGGGACAUUUGUUGCCCUGCCUGCAGACGUGGCCUAUACCCCUGGGAGUUGGAAUGCGACAACGCACGGCAACAUCACAUUUACCUUAUUCUUGUUUCUAACUAGGAUCACCGAGCUCGAGGAUGAUCGAUUAGGCUGGUCCACACGCUCUUUUACUCGCUCUCCUGGUGAGGUUCAACCGGAUCUGCAAGGCGACGUCGCCUCCAUGUCGCAAAACAUCCGUGUUAUUACCACAUUCCAAUUUGUGUGUCCUGUCACUACGAACGGCGUCGUUUCUACCACUACUCUUCCCAUCGGUGCCUCUCCCUUACCAAGAGCAGUUCGUCCAACGAAUUCGGCUAUUACCACAGUAAACGGAGGAUCUUCCCUAACAACCUUGCUUCCGUCAGAGAACAUGUCAACCGCACUCCCUUCCGCAACUCCUGUGACCACAACGAUACUUACAACACUUCCAAAUGGCGAAGUAUCAUCCAUCGUCACGGCCACUAUGCUCCCUCCGCUCACUACUGCCACUCGUACCGUCGGUAUCAUUCCGUUCACUACCACUCUCACUGUCGAUACCUUCCCUUCACCGCGUCCGGCCAACCUUGAUGCUUACCUCCCCGCUUAUGCUGCCUAUGGAGAUGGUUCGCUCGUCACGCCCCUGUACAUCCAAUCGUCCACAAACGAGCAUAUACGCAUAUUUAUUACAGGUGCACUAUUGAUGCUCUUCAUCCGGAACAUUUUCGCAUCGAUAGACUACCUCAGACGCACAAGCUCUCGGGAUAGGACACUCUUCUGGCUCUUGCUCAUUAGCCAAAUGUGGGGGCCAGUGAGGUUCAUACCUAUAGCUGCUGGUUUCUUUAGCAAGGUAACGGAUUGCAGAGCGAUCCAGAUUAUUUCAUACAUUGCUUUGGAAAUCUCUUACAGCAUUUUGAUAACUUUCAUUCUUGGAAUGAAAGCCUAUCGAUGUUUAGAGCGGUCUAGAUUUGUGCUAGCUGUAAUAGGAAUAAUACAGCUCGCGGCGUACGUUCUCUAUAUUGUUGGCCUCCCCUCGACCAGCGUCACUCGUGACUUGAGCGGUGACUGUCUCAAUAUGGCCACUACGCCGUUUAUCAAUACCGCUCUAUUACUUCAAUUCGUUGAAACCGUUUUCAUCUUCUGUUGUUUCUUGUAUGCGGUCAUUAGAUCAUCCAGGAGGUCCGCUACGCAAGGCCGCAUGUCUAUCGCACUGUCUAGCGCGGUAGGUGUAGCUUCAGCAGUUGCGCCUAUCGCUUCUCCUCGGACCGGAGAAACAAUGCAAGCCCAGGCCGUUCAGGAGAAGCGUGGUUGGUGGGACUAUGUACCCGAUAGCCAUAUCGGUACAGGUCCUGGCGGCCCAGGUAGUCCCGAGUUCUUACCAACAAACCAAUCUCCCAACAACCAGGGAACCAUCGAUGAUAAUGUUCACCCUGUAGAAACUUGGAGGUCGAAGAUUUCCAGGUGUCCUAUUCCACGCAAGUCGUCCGUUCACGGGGAAGAACCUAUCCCUCAUCCAAACCGCAGUGCAUUUGGGACAUUACCUGAGAAACCGAAUCCCAUGCCUGAGCUUGCUCUGGUGGACAGCAGAACUGGGCUAGCAACCGGCAUUGAAUCGGCUCGAACGGGGACAGGGGCUCGCUCACGGGGAAAAACUUCGCGGGGAACAAGAAGCAUAAUGGAGAGACAAACUUUUAGUGGGAUUAUGCGCAUGCCCAAGAUGAUACUUCUUCGGACGGUCAUGAAAGACGAGCUUUUAUACACAUCGGCCGUCGCGCUUACCUGCAUAAUCUCCACCAUCGGCCUCGUCCUUGGUGCAGCAAAGCACAACCUUCUCUUUGGUGGUUCGCUUUGGCUCGAAAUCAAUUGGGCGAUAGUCAGUUUGCUGGUCAUGCGUUCGUAUGCUCAAGUCAUUGCGCGACAAGAGCGUGAAGCAGUUCUACAGGAUCCCAGCGCUUGGAACGUUGCUGUUAGAACGGAAGACGGGCUAGGUCGCUCCCCUUUUCUCCGUCGAGGAGCGAUGGACUACGGGUUUUCCCGCGCUCAGAGGGUCCCACCAUCUUUCAUCUCGAGGCGGUCUGAUAUUAGUUCUCGUGCGUUUUACCCCUCCCCUAGAAGAAGGCCUAACACGUUGAGCGUGAGCGAUUAUGGGAGCGCAAUCGAACGCGCACGACGCGCAGAUGACUCGAGACCGCCCACACAGCCGCUGCCACCCAUGGAUCCAGAUGACCCCUUCUCCGAGUUUGAGCGUAUCGUAAGCAUGCCGCGGGCACGGGACCGAGAACCUGGAUCACCUGUUCCUUCUUCUCUGCAUGGUGGGAGAACAUGGCACGACGAUGACGAGCCUGGGCCGAGUGAUUCGGUAUCACAAGCACCAGGGCCUAGGCGUAGUCUGCGAGGGCCCCCACCAACGGUCCCUAGGCGAGGCGCUGUGACAGAUUAUUCGACGGAUAUUGGAACUCUAAGUAUAUUGGGGAUCGUACCACGAAAAUCGAUCGACCCAGGGCCCCCGUCACCACACGGAAGUGGUAGUCGGGCUUCGAGCGCAUACGAACCAAGUUUCAUUGAACAGUCACCAGAAACACCCAUCGGGCCUCGAAUCACCCAUUCAUAA